CCUGAGAUGGAGUCUCUGCAUGAAACCUGCAAGAGUCGCAACAUUCUCAACACUAAUAACCGAAGAAGAUGCUACAAGAGAAAAUCAAUUGCGCCAACUUGGGAGAAGGAAAGCUCCAUACUGAUUGAAGAUGGGUAUGCAUGGAGAAAGUACGGACAAAAAAUGACAUUGCACGCAAAAUACCUAAGGAGCUACUACAGGUGCACUUACAAGACUGAUCAGAGAUGCUCAGCAAUGAAACAGGUGCAGAGGAUUCAAGAUGAUCCUCCUUUGUACCGAACAACCUAUUAUGGCCAUCACACUUGUCGAAGCCCUGCGAAUCAGGAGAUUAUUCUGGAACCUUUUUCUCCUUCUGCAUCUUCCACGUUACUUAGCUUUGAUAACAGCCUUCAUAGCAAACAAGAAAACCCGUUUCCCUCACCACUGCUUGCAUCAAUCAAGCACGAUGAACAUGGUGCUCAAAACCAGUUGUCUGCGUUAGAGAACCUCCUAUUAUACGAUUAUGAUAUUUCUUUUGAUUAUUCGAGGAAUGCCACUUUGCUGUCGUCGGCUGAAUCCGUUCAAUUUGAGAAUGUUUUUGGACAGUUUGGAUUUUGA